AUGUCGCUCCUGUACGAUGCCGAUGAUUACACCAAAAACAGCGAUCCGUAUUCGGGCCUGGGUCCGUACGACUAUGGCACCGGCACGGACUACACGUACCCGGACCUCCAGUACCAGUACGGGCCCUCAGAGACCCAGGAGAUGUACCCAGGUUACGACCCGCAGCAGCCGGAGCGGUACGCCGUGCAGGACACGCUGGUGCCGGGCGGCGAUAUGACCAGCACGUCAGAGGUAGCCGACCAGUACAGCAACUACCAGUACCAGCAGCCGGAGAGGUACACGAUGGCCAACAACCUGGCACCGGGCGGCGGCAUCGACGGCACGAGCGAGGCGCGGGACCAGUACCAGACGUACAACGCCGGCGCCCCCGAGCGCUACACCAUGGUCAACAGCCUGCGUCCGGAGGGCGGCAUGGAGGGCACGUCCGAGGUGCACGACCGCUACCAGAGCCACGACGCCAGCAAGCCCGAGCGGUACACGAUGCAGGGGAAUCUGAAGCCGCAGGGAGGCAUCGACGGCACGACAGAGGUGCAUGAUCGGUAUGUGGGCCACAAUGCCAGCAAGCCCGAUCGGUACACGAUGCAGGGGAAUCUGAAGACGCAGGGCGGAAUCGACGGCACGACAGAGGUGCAUGAUCGGUAUGUGGGCCACAAUGCCAGCAAGCCCGAUCGGUACACGAUGCAGGGGAAUCUGAAGCCGCAGGGUGGAAUCGACGGGAACACGGAGUUCAACUCGAACUAUCAAGGUCAUGAUGCAAAGAAGCCUGAUCGGUACACGAUGAAGGGGAAUCUGAAGACGCAGGGCGGAAUCGACGGGAACACGGAGUUCAACUCGAACUACCAAGGGCAUGACGCGAAGAAGCCCGAUCGGUACACGAUGCAGGGGAAUCUGAAGCCGCAGGGCGGAAUCGACGGGAACACGGAGUUCAACUCAAACUAUCAAGGGCAUGACGCAAAGAAGCCUGAUCGGUACACGAUGCAGGGGAAUCUGAAGACGCAGGGCGGAAUCGACGGGAACACGGAGUUCAACUCGAACUACCAAGGGCAUGACGCGAAGAAGCCCGAUCGGUACACGAUGCAGGGAAAUCUGAAGCCGCAAGGAGGCAUUGAUGGUGAUACCGAGGUCCAUGACAAAUACCAAGGUCACAACGCAAAGAAGCCUGACCGAUACACAAUGCAAGGAAAUCUGAAGCCUCAAGGAGGCAUUGAUGGUAAUACUGAGGUCCAUGACAAAUACCAAGGUCAUAACGCAAAGAAGCCUGACCGAUACACAAUGCAAGGAAAUCUGAAGCCUCAAGGGGGCAUUGAUGGUGAUACGGAGGUGCAUGACAAAUACCAAGGUCACAACGCAAAGAAGCCUGACCGAUACACAAUGCAAGGAAACCUUAAACCGCCGAACGGCGGCAUCGACGGCAUCACCGACACCAAGGACAGCUACCGCGGCCACGACGCCGCCAAGCCGGAUCGCUUCACGAUGGGCACCAACCUGCGCCAGGAGGGCCAGAUGCAGGGCGUCUCCGAGAUCAAGGACAGCUUCCGCGGCCGGCCGGGACCGCGCGGCGAGCGCAGUCCGAUGCCGGACCAGCUGCGGGCGGCGUCGGGCGCGUCGUCGGUGUCAUCGUCCGGCGCGUCGUCGGCCUCGUCGUCGGGCGCGUCGUCGAAGGCGGCGUCGGGGAAACUGGACGAUGGGCUGAGCGAGUCACAGCGACCGCCGGCCAAGUUCGGCCGACGUGCGCAGAAGGCGGACGCCUCGAACAAGGCGGGGGGUGGCGAACCUCCCCCGGCAAAGGGGGGCGAAGCCAAGGGCCCGGCGGGCCGCGGCAGGAACGCCGCGGACGGCCUGAGGCCGGAGGGCAAGUACAAGAACGCCGACCCACUCAAGCUGUUCAAGGCACCGGCGAUGAUCUAA